CCAGAAGCAGAGAAAAAGCUUACUAUAUCAAACAACCGCUAACAAUGGCCACUCUCUCAAUCGGCACCGCCACCCCCGUCGCGACCUUCCGUUCGACAAAAGUAACACGAACCCGCUCCAAUUUCAAAGUCUCCUGCGUCCAAUGGGACCCGGAAGGUAUUUUAGGAAGGCCGCAGACAGGGCACUUGGCUCGUCUGGAGUUCAGAAGGCGGCUUGAGAAAGACGCAGAGGCUCGAGAGGCAUUUGAGCAACAUUUACGCCAAGAGAAGGAUCGUCGCCGAGCUCUUCGAGAAUCCAGGGAAAUACCCGAUACUCCAGAGGAGAUGAUUGAGUACUUUCUUGACACUGAAGCUCAAGAGAUCGAGUUUGAGAUUGCAAGAUUAAGGCAUCGAUUGGAUGAGGAAUUUUUCUCCCACCUCAAAUUCGAGAUCGGGCAGAUUCGAUUCGCUGUUUCGAAGACCGAGAAUAUGGAGGACAGAUUGAUUGAGCUGGAGGCAUUACAAAAGGCCUUACAAGAAGGCACAGAAGCAUAUGAUAAAAUGCAAGCCAACCUUAUAACAUCGAAGCAAAGCCUCACCAAGAUUUUGACAUCGAAAGAUAUGAACGCAACUUUGCUUGAGAUGCUUGAACGCAAUGAACUAAAUAGAUCCGUAUUGACACUUCUUGAUGAAAACAUAGCAAGUGCAAGCAGGGGUAACCAGAAAGAAGCAGUGGCUUUCAUGGAAAAGGCUCGUUCGGCCAUUCUCAAGUAUUUGACGGUAUAGUAUACACUAAACACGUCUUUAUGUUUUGGUCGAUUCAAGGUAUUUGUACUAAGAUCAGGUCAGUAAUUACAUGUACAAUUACAAAGACAUGAUUCAGAGAAUCAGAGUUGCAGU